UGUGGACUUCACACUUGACCGACGCUCCUAGGCAAACAGCAUCCAGUUUGAACCUUGAGAGCGAUGCUGAACAGGGGUAGGCAUGAGAUGGCUUGCUACAGCACUAACCGGCUUGUGUCACUUCCAAUGACGGUACGGUGACUGAGACCGAACUGAUACCGCUCGGUUUGCGUGUUUCACCCAGUCUCUGCCAAACAUGGAAGCAACAACAACCUCCAAUAUCUCAUGGAUUCCUUCCGCCGCCGACUUGCUACUUGUGGUCCCCCGUCUGGCGCAGAAGGCGGGGCUGUUCGCUAUUUAUAUGCCCGAAGCCAUGGACAACAUAGCCGGCAAGAUAUGGAAUGGUGGAAGCAUUAUUGCGGAUGCGACUGCACAACAAACGGCGAAUUCUACAAUCACGAACACGAGCGCUUUCGUACAGAGCACGGCGGCAGUGCUUGACGCCGCGGUAAGGGAGUCAUGGCAAGGCAACGGAGAUGAGGCAGUGUCAUUGUUCGGACUGAUGGCGCAGGCCGUUGGCAAGCUCAAGAACUUUGGUGGCAUCUUCUCUUACCUAACCUCGAAGUGGGCGCUCGCUACCUUCACCGUGGCCAUUAUCCUUAAUCGAACACAGUUCUACGCAUCUUCGCGAGAGCAUUUACGCUUGCGGUGGCAUGUUCGGCUUGGCCUCUACAUCAUUCCAAUAUCGGCGUUCGUGGUACAGACAGUGUGCAUUCUGGAGGCAUUGCGUUGUCAGACGUCACCAGAUUUUGCAGAACUCCGCUAUGGCGAUCCCUUGAAGCAGCUUGCCAUAGACUUUGCCGGAGAAGGCGGCUUUCUGUACAAGCUGAGUUCUACGCUGCUCUUCUGGCAGGAUGACGCUCUAUGCUGCGCUGCGCAGAACAUGUCGCUCCCAGCACUGGAAGACAACAAGAGCGAACUGCGUGGUUCCAUGUCUUUGCUCUUCUGGUUCUUCCUUACUCUUUGUACAAGUCAGCUUUUCGAAACGCUAACCUGUGCAUUGCAAGGCAAGCAACCCGUCCCCGAGACCGGCAUGACCAUCUUCGAGCAUUCUCUGGCGUUCGCGGAGUGUGAAGCUAUGAUCAGUAGCGCUCUCGGAUUCGGCUUGUUUGGACUACCGAAGCUUGACGGCACUGGUGAAGCGAGUAGUACGAUGCUUAGUAGAUCGGAGAUACUGCAACGCCUCAAUGUGCCACCGGAGGUCCUGCUGGUCUGUUUGAUUUCGUGCUUCAGCCACGUGGCCAGCGCUACCCUGGCAGUCCUCGGAAUACGGCAUAAAGUUAGGCUCGUCAACACGGCGAUUUGGGCAUGCUGUUACAUGAGCGCUUUUCUUUGGAGCUUCACAAGGGUCUUCUUACGUGAGGCGGAGAAUGUUUCCGACCUUGGUGUGCUCCGCUUCCCGACCGUUUGCAUCGUUGGCUUCAUCCCACACAUGUUGAUCCUGGUCGGCAUUAUGGUUUGCGGCUCGAUAUACGCUUUGGCUCUGGUCGUAACGGCACUUUCAGUACCUGAGGAAGUCGCAAACAGCAUGUCGUUUGGCCAGCGGCUGUCCUGGGCCUACCAGAAUCUGCAGGCUAACGUACAGUUCUCAUCUGCUUCAUCGAUUCGCAUUAAGAUGUCGGAAGACUUCUACACGACGCUACUGAAGAUUGGCUUCAACGUACUCACCGCGGCGAGUGAGGCGGUUUACCUCAACGAGGGCAGCCGUAUCCAUGUGGCGCAGAUGACUUGGUUGGAGCAAAAGCGCAUCGAUGAGCUUGCGUCCGGCAUCGAGAAGCGCAAGUCUCCGGCAGUGCCUUCGGAACUGCUUGGAGAAGGCAUUGCUCGCGGCGUCGAGUUUGUGGACUCGCAGAAUGCUGCCAUCAGCCGAUCACCGUACGCUCGAGAACGGAGGUCGAAGCCGGUCAGUGCACGUGAGAACGAGAUGUCGCGAGGCGUCGAAUUGGACAGUGGACUUGGCAUAACACAGCGUAGGAGCCGGAUGCAGCUCACUUUCGACUUCGUGGCGGGUAUCUUCUGGCUUGUCGUUGGCAUUCAGGCGCAUUUCCUGAUCCGCAUGCUGAAUCGACUUGGCAUCGAGCAGCGUCCUGCGUGGCUUCUCAAGGCAGCCGGUAUCGCGGAAGGGCAGCGUGCUCCUUCACAGGUCGUCAACGCGCCGCGAGAACAAAGACGUGACUUUUGGAUGGUGGGGCCGCAUGGCAUUCUGAUGGUGCCUCAAAACGACGAGGUGGAUGUCGAAAAUGAAACCCGGCGCAGAUUGCAGCAUGCGGGUAAUUACGUUGGCGAGGACGGCUUGGGUGACGAGCUCUAUGACUGGUGGCGAGGGGGCGGCUGGUUCGGUAACGUUGACAGCAGCGGAGACUAUCAGGUACGGGAGCACGAUGACGACCUUACGAGCAUGAUAUCCAUGUCCACGAACGAUAGCUUUGCGGACGAGGACGAGGACGACAGUGGGCGCAGGACGCCUACCCAACGCGAUCCACGCGGCACAAGAGAGGACACGCCGGCUUCAGAAGGCGGCCUUGAUCUGACCGUACUUUCGCGCUUGCUUAACCCGCAGUCAGCGACGGAGAGGGAAGCGGCACGCUUGCUAUCGUACAGCUUGCAGUCAAGCAGGCCAAUGACGCGCAGUCAGUACCGGCGCAACGUCGACCGCAGCCGCGCGCAGCUUUUGAAUGGCAUUCGCGGCUCCAGUAAGGCGCCUAGCGAGGAAGACGAGGAGCGCGAUCUGGAGCACUUCAUUCUGGGCCAACGCUCCAGAGCCAAGUCGAAAGCUGUGAAUGCAGGGACGUGGGAGUCGGGUGCUGAAGGCAUGGGUGCAGGUGGUCCGCAAUGUGUGGUCUCGACCGGAGAAACCGCCCCUCAGAACCGCGAAAACGACCGCCAGCAUGGACUUCGCCCGAUUGAGCCAUCAGCCUCCCUGUCCCCAGCAGACAAUACGGGAGCAGGGUUGGCAACACCAUCUGCGGAUGAGCAGCUUGCGCUCGACGAGGCUCUCGCGCGUUCUCUGCAGGACGCCGAUAAGCCGCGUGCCGGAAGCGGAGUGAGUCUGUCGCCGCAAAGGACGCCUUCGCCGCCCAGUGCGGUAUAUAACCGAAUCACAGAGUAUGAGAAGGCUUCAACGCCGCCCAGGAAUAAGAGCCGGGAGGGACCUGCCUUUCGCGUGGUGAAGAAGCAGCGUAGUCCGAAUGACGAACGGUCUCCAAUUCAGGAGCUGCCAAACGAGGUCUUGACACAUGCACUUGCGCACCUAGCUCCGACAGACUUGACGUCCGUCGCGCUCGUGUCGAAGCGCUUCCACAACCUUGUCACGGGACCGCAUGCCUGGAGAAGCGCCUUCGCUCACUACUUUCCUGGCCAGAACACGUUGGACGUUGCUUACGAUGACAGUGGAGAAAUAGCGCAAGAUGCUGUCCUGUCGGAGAAACGCGCCUUUACGCGUCUUACUGCGCUCGCGUCAUGGCGUAGCGAGUAUAUCAUGCGUACCCGUCUCCUACGCUCCUUGGGACGUGGCAAACCCGCGCAGGUGUCUCUGCCGCCAACUUCCGGCCGCUCCGGUCAAAGUCACAACGCCACUGCAAUCACCAUGUACAACUCACAGCUCUUUACAACGAUCAACCACGUGCAUGCCAACUUUGGGAGUGGUAUGAACAAGAAGCUGCCUCGUUUCAUCCAUGCCGCCGACGAUGUUGGUAUGGCUACUAGCAGCGACCCUAACGCGGCCAAGGUGGACAAUUGGGGCUUAUCUGACCCGCAGCAAUUCCUGCAGUUCAACGAGCGCUUCCCAGGUGACGCACAGUACGGACUCGGACCAGGCGAGGUCGUAGGCGUGCCAAACGUUAUGGACGUCAGCCAGCCCUACGGCAUGGUCCAUGGGGAAGGCUCGCCUGGUGGGAUGGCCUAUUUCCGGUCCACGGAAGAGCAGCGAGGCCGCUUCCUGGCCUUCUCGUCUGCAAUAUCUGCUCCCGAGCUUGGCAUACCACGUAUUUAUUCUGCCAGCGAGGCUGUCACAAGCGUUUGGGUCGCGAAGUCUGCUGCUAUCCCAUCGCUUACCGAGGGUCUCAUCGGCAUCUUGGCAGGUUCCUCACUUGGCGUGGUUACAGCCUACAGUCUUGGCUCUACUACCAAUGGCAACAGUCGUGACCAGCGAUUCGGUCGUGGCGAGAUGACUGCACGCUGGGUGCUGAGUCCAGGCGUACCGAUUAUCGGCAUUGCGGUUGAUGCCGAGCAUAGUCUCAAGCGACAGGCGCAAAACCGGAUAUGGGCGGUUGUGCUGAAUGCACUUGGCGAGGUGUUCUACCUUACCAAGUUCCCCAAGCGUGCUCACGUUGAGCGUGGCGCAAGACCGGAUGACGAGACGAUUGAGCGCACCGCUUGGCUCACGGGUCGUACUGUCUACUGGAAUGUCGUCGAAGCAAGCAGGCGGGUGGCAAGACUGGAUCCGUAUGCUGAGUCCGGCGUAGAUGGCAGCUACUCGCCUCGCUCGUCCUGGAAUGGUAUGUGUCUGAGCAAAGAACAAACCACGAGCGAGACACGCGAGAUAGAGGCUUUUAUCAUGCGCAAACCCAAGGAGUUCCACAAAGCGUGCGCCGGCUGGGACAUGCGCCGCAAGCUGGAUGUCGACUUCGCUGGCGAUGACGGCAAUAAUGCGGGCGAGAACGUGAUAGUGUUCGAGUGUGGGCUUGACGAAGAUUCCAGCGUUGCCAUCAAACGCUACACUCGCUGCAGGUUUCAGGAUCGCGCGAACUAUGCUACCGCCUCAACGCCACCGUUAACGAGCGGCAGCACCGUGUCGACAAGCUCUCCAUCUCUAUUUGGUAGUCCGCAGGAUAGGCUUACCGCCCCCGUGCCUGACUUCUCCCUGGACCGGCUUGAGGACAGCUUGUCUCGAGAUGAUUUUGCGGGCUCGAUCACGCCAAGACCGGUGUGUGAAGAAUGGCGGGUUUCGAGCUUCGAUUUGCACGGAUUCAAGCACAUGCAGAUCUUCGCGACUACCAUGGACAACUCUGUUCUCGCUACGCAAACCAUAUCCGAGGAUCCCCUCCUCAACAUGUCAAGCCGAUCGACAACCUCGUCGCCAUGGCUUUCGCCGUCGUAUUCGGCAACGCGCGCCAUUGAUCCUGCAGAUAUGCCUGGGCAGCGCGCUCGUCUGUUUGCAAUUGGUACUGCCACCGGCAGCGUCUUGAUCUGGAAUGUUCGAAGUCCGCCGUCAAGGAGUGCUGAAUCUGUCAAUACCAUUGAACCCGUCCGCAUCAUACAGACCGAUUCGCCGCAAAUUUCCUGCCUCGCCAUGUCCUCACUCUACUUGGUGCAUGGUGGUAACGACGGCUAUGUUCAGGCGUGGGAUCCGUUAGGGUCGAAUACACAACCUAUUCGCACACUCAACUCUCGCUUCUCCUCCCGCGCACGACGCAGGCUCGUUCAAGCCCAAGCUUCUCCACAGGGGGUCGGUAUCAACCUCUUCGCCGCUGGCGCGAUAUGCCUGGACCCAGAUCCUACAGUGCUUCGCGGUAUGGUCUCGCUCGGCACACAUCUCCGCUACUGGUCAUAUAGCUCGUCUGCGGCCGAUCAGUACAAGUCUCACAAGCGCAGACACCGGCGUUCUGAGCGCGGCAGCAAUAACGGUGGCGAGCGCUUUUCGGGAGCUGCGCGUGGGAAUUUGAAGGACUACAUUGCAAACGAGCGGUACGAACUGGACCGAGAGAAGCAGCAGCGGCAGAAGGACGCUGAGCGGUUCGCUGGCCGCUUUGGGACGGGGUUGUUGGAUGGAAGUGAGGAAGAGAUGAUGGCUUACGCUGCCAUGCUCAGCCAGGAGACGUUGGAGCAAGAGAGAGCCGCACGCAGAGCGUCCGACACGAGCACGGUCGUCAGUACAGAUUACAGCACGUUCGCCACGGCUGAUCCUACGCCUUCUGCCAGUCCGUCACCGCGUCUGUCUACGCCGAAGUCGGACGAGGAGUUUGAUGCGGACGUGGCAGAAGCGAUACGUUUGAGCCUGGGUACAUCACCGGGUCGAGCUCCGUAUGAGGUACCCAUCCGUCAAGCUAAGCCGAAGGGCAGAAAGGGUUCGUCUGCCCGGCCUUCACCGCGCGCUUCGCCGAUGUUGGCGGGGUCAAGCAAAGUGUGGGAGAUGAGCGAUAUGGAGUUUGCGCUGCAGCUCAGUCUGGCGGAGGAGCAGAGUAGGCGUGAUGUUGGCGUCGAGUAUCCUGCUCUUGGUGGUCAGGGUGAUGGGAACGGGAAGGGCAAAGGGAAGUCUCGUUGAGAGAGCCGCGGGAGGCGCGCGUAUGGAGGGGAGUGGUGAAGAAGCAUGUGGUACACACUGCAGUCUGAUAUUCAAUUCUAUCUGAAAUAUGUGGGUAACAGCACGCCAGUUGUUAGUCUGUGCGCAAAGGUGUCUUCCGCCC